AUGAAAAUAUAUAAAAAUACGUUUAAUGAUUAUAAAUAUAAUAAAAUUAUUUGUUCUAUUGAUUAUUUUAAAAAACAUUCUAGUCAAUGUCGAAUUUAUUCAUAUCUAUAUAAAUUGAAAUUUUAUAAUUCUAUAACAAAUAAUUUUUCAGGUGAAUUAUUCAAAUGUGUUCGUCAAAUAUCAUUAUUCGAUGAAAAACCAUUUGAACAUGAUUUUUUUUUUCGAAUUGAAAAAUCUUUUCCAUUUUUAGAGAAUAUUUCUAUACAUUAUUUUCAACCACAAAAUAAUAAAUCAUCUACAGAAUCAAACAAAGAUAAUCAAUAUUUAUCAAUUGUGAAAUAUCCGUAUCUUAAUAAUCUUUCACUUAUUAACGUUCAUGAUUAUUAUUUUGAACAAUUUUUAGUUUAUACAAAAGUAUCUUUACCAAAUAAUGUUCAUCUUAACAUUAGUUAUGAACCAUUGAAAAGAGUGACAAACAAUUUUACAAGAAAUGUAACACAAAUCAAUGGUAGAAAAUUAAAGUCUUUGCGUGUAAAUGUUAAUGAACUUUCUAAACAUGUUCAAGAUUAUUUUCUUCAUACAGAGAUAAUCUGCUUAUGA